CUGGACAGACGGAACGCGCUGCCGCGGUGGCUGCGUUUGGGAGCCUGGCGGGCGCGGAGACCAGCAUGCCGUACGUCCUCAUCAGCACUCAGAUCCGCAUGGAGGUUGGACCCACGAUGGUUGGAGACGAGCAUUCUGAUCCAAACCUGAUGCUCUAUCUAGGGGCCACUAAAAGAAACGUGCUGGGGAACCAUUUCUGGGAGUACUAUGUUCAGGAUGCCCCCCGGAUUGUCUUGGACAAGCUGGAGAAGCGAGGCUAUCGAGUGAUCAGCAUGACAGGAGUGGGGCAGACACUGGUGUGGUGUCUCCACAAAGAAAGUACAGAGAACUCUGAUUUCCUUCCCGGCCAAGACAUUACUGUGAAUCGUCCAGCAUAGGACUGACAUUAUUUCUCCAGUGAGUGGUUAUAUGUUGCUUUCAGAUAUCAUGAAGUAAAAUCUAGCCAACAUCCUAUAUUGUGAAAAAAGCCACUAGUACCUCCAGCUCCCUAUGGGAGGAAUGGUGGCCCAGUUAGCUUCAAGGGUUGGGAGACUAAAACUUUUCUAGAGAGAGAUAUCCUUCUUGGGCAUUAAUCUGAAUCCAAUCUAGAAAUGCUACUAGCGUGUUAAACUUCUCCAAGAUUGGCCCCAUUUCUUACUGUUGAGCAAGAUCACCCUGGCACACAGUUUCUGUGCUAAGUAACUGUUUUAAGCUGGGGAGGGGGAAACGUUAAUUAUAAGAUGGUCAAUACAUCUCUGGGUAUAGUAAGAAUAUACUGGCACAGAACUCAAUUACUUUUAAGCCCAACGCCCUUGUGCAAAGCAGUCUAAACUGUUCAAGUAACAGCAUGGUUAGAAUUAUGAGGCUAUGACAUGCCUUUUGAACCAUCCAUUGAUAAUUGUAGUGCAAAUAUUUCACCAUCAGUUUUGUGACUGUACCAGUUUCCCUUUCAUUGCUGGGAUUAAGAUUGUGUAUAGCUAAAGUCAGUAGUAAUAAUAAUAAAAAAAUAAAGAAAACAUACUUAACAUGGUCUACAGCAUAAUUUCUGUGAAGGACCACUGGAACAAGCAGUUUAACUCUGAGAAACAAAAACAGAAGAAAAAUAAAGAAAUAACCCUUAUGAAAUAAGGACUGACUACAGCUAAGUCUCUAGAAAUGAUGUACAGUGCCCUUUAAAAUAGGGGAACUACUACAAUUGCCAGAUAAUAGAUCAAUACGGUUGUGUGAAACUUUUUCUCUGCUUCAGAAAGUUGUUUGGAUAUGGCAGCUUCCUAUUGGUUUAAAGUUGUAGUACUAUAUCAGAAUCACUACAAAGGCGUAAGAUUCCCUUAGUUAAUUCACCAUACAAAGUUGAGAAGAUGAUGGGCAAACCUUGAAUGGCCAUCAUUGAUACAUGUCUUAGUUCCUUCUGCUGUAUUAACUUCCGUAGUACCAGCACUUGUAUAUCUGUUAGUACCAUAGGCUUUGGAAGUAUAUGAAAUGUACUAUUGAAUCUUUUUCCAAAAACUUUGAAGAUGCUGGAAGCUGUAUUCAGUAAUCAUAAAGUUUUAUUGUUGAACUCUUAACAUGUCUAGGACAGAAAUAAAUGAACUUUUAUGCUCAUAAA